UAGUUAGCAGUUAUUAUGUCUCAACCCUUUCCAGUAAAACCGAUAGGCAAAAGUUGGCGCGAGAUAAACCAAGAAAGGAAAGCCUUAAAACGGCAACGCAAUGAGGAGAAGAUAGUUAAACGAGAGAAACGAAUGGCUCUCGAAAAGGAACUAGAGGAGAAAGCUAAAGAAGAGGUGGAGCGAGAGAAAAGAAACGCGGAGAUAUCUACGAUAAGUAUAGCUGUCCCUGGAUCUAUACUUGAGAACGCUCAGUCGGCCGAGUUGCGUACGUAUCUCGCUGGACAGUUAGCCAGGGCCGCUUGCGUGUUUUGUGUUGACGAAGUUAUAGUUUACGACGACAUUGGCGACAAAGUUGACACAAAAAAGUCGAAACUCGAAAACGCAGAUGGCAUCAAAAUAGCACGCAAAAGUUGUGUCCAGUUGGCUAGAAUAUUGCAAUAUUUGGAGUGCCCCCAGUACUUGCGAAAGCAUUUCUUUCCUUUACACAAGGACUUAGAAUUUGCAGGGCUUUUGAAUCCUUUAGAUGCACCUCAUCAUUUGCGACAGUCCAAUGAUUUCAAAUUUAGAGAAGGUAUAACUAUGAAUAAAAAGGUUAAACCAGGCAAAGGUUCGCAGGUAAAUGUAGGGCUACUCCAAGAUGCAUCUACAGAUAAGCUCUUAGCACCUGGCAUCAGGGUGACAGUCAAAUUGCUACCACGUUCUGAAGGUAGCAAAAAGCUUAAAGGAAAGAUAGUUAGUUUGAGUACACCUAGGGCAGAGACGGGAGUGUACUGGGGAUACACAGUGCGCAUUGCUAAUAAUUUGAGCCAGAUAUUCACACAGAGUCCUUAUAAAGAAGGGUAUGACCUGAGUAUUGGUACUUCAGAUAGGGGCGAGUCCAUAGAUGAGUUGCCUGAUAAACAAUUGAAGUACAACCAUGCACUAAUUGUUUUUGGAGGACUACAUGGCAUUGAAGCAGCCUUAGAGAGUGAUGAGCAGUUGAAAGUGGAUGAAGCCAGUUUACUCUUUAAUCACUAUGUGAAUGUGUUGCCUAACCAGGGUUCAAGAACAAUCCGUACUGAAGAAGCUAUUCUUAUUGCACUUUCUGGGCUACGUACCAAACUUCAUGCUAUUAAUGAACCAAUGAUUUUCAAAGAAGGUGGAACAGCACUCAGCUCAGUGUUUCCUCCUAAGAAAGUGAAUAUUUCAAAUUAUUCAAACUCUGAAAGUAAUUUAGAUUUAAGCAGAUUUGAUUAAAAUG